CUUCUUCUUCUUUAGUUUAUAAUGAUUUGUAAUAUCCAGAACCACAAACACUAGUUGUUGGCUUUGGCCGGAAGAAUGGAUGGUCGGCUUCUCCUCCGCCACCUGAAUCCACCGCUUUCACCGGCUCGAUCCGCCGUCGCCCUUUUGCUCACAUCCAAAUCCCUCACACUCUACCGCUUCCGCCUCACCUAGCCACCCCCCAGACGCCAUAGAAAUCGCUCCUUUGCUCGCCGUCGUCGUCGCCGUCGCCGUCGGAGCGUACGGUUCGCGGAGGCUAGAGUUAGGGUGUGAGGAAUGGGGGCCGGAGGUUCGAGCGCCGCUGGAUCGGAAGGGGGAAGCGGUCGGACCGGCCUCGGGGAUUUGCCUGAGGGCUGCGUCGCGGAGAUCAUGCUACGGCUGGACCCGACCCAGAUCUGCCGGCUCGCGCGCCUCUCCCGGGUGUUCCGACGGGCGGCCUCGGCGGAUCUCGUGUGGGAGACAAAGCUUCCGAGGAAUUAUAGGUAUUUGCUGCGUAGAGCGUUGGGCGAAGAGAGUUCCGGUGGACGCGAGCUUGGCAAGAAGGAGAUCUUCGCGCUGCUUUGUCGUCGGAAUGCCUUCGACGGGGAACACACGGAAUUUUACUUGGACAAAAAUGGAGGUUUGAUCUGUAUCGAGAUUUCGUCCAAGGCAUUGACAAUAACUGGAAUUGGUGAUAGGAGAUACUGGACCUUCAUUCCAACAGCUGAAUCAAAGUUUCGCACGGUUGCUUACCUUCAUCAGACUUGGUGGCUUGAGGUUCGUGGGGAACAAGAAUUCUGCUUCCCUGAAGGCUUAUAGCCCAGAUCAUAUCCGUGGGUUGGAUUUGAAUUCAGUUAGGUUUCGACUCUCAACCUCAAAUGGCCAAUUUGCUCAGUCUAAGUGGCAAUCGGAAGAGCCCGGAAUUUGGCUGGAUUACCCUGUAGGGGACUUUGUUGUGGAAAACUCCAACGCACCCAUUACAGUCUAAGUUCUCAAUGACUCAAAUCAAUCGCGCGCGCUUGAAAAGAAGUAUUCGUGUCGAUUUAGUUUCUAUCCGGCCAAAGGAAGUGAAUUGUCGGCCAAAGUGUAGCUAUGGACAUGUUUACAUGAUCAUGCAUUAUGAAUGAUGGGUGAA